UAUGAUGUGACGUUGCAGGUGUGGCUGUUCGGCGAUUACCUGUGUUCCGUGUGGCUGGCCGUGGACGUGUGGAUGUGCACGGCCAGCAUCCUUAACCUGUGCGCCAUAUCGCUGGACCGGUACCUGGCCGUCACCAGGCCGGUGCAGUACCCGAGCCUGAUGACCAGUUUCCGGGCCAAGGUGCUGGUGGUGAUCGUGUGGGUGCUGAGCUUCGUCAUAUGCCUGCCGCCGCUGGUCGGCUGGCGCGACACGCACAUACCGGCCGAAGCGUCCACGGUGUUGAUCCGGAACGAGCUGUACCGGAACGGCACCGGCCGGCCGCAGCAGGAACCGCUGCCGCCGUCGUGCCCGUGGAUAUGCGAGCUGCCCAACAACAAGUGGUACGUCGUGUACUCGGCGCUGGGCUCGUUCUACAUACCGAUGUUCGUCAUGCUGUUCUUCUACUGGCGCAUCUACAAGGCGGCCGUGCACACGACGCGGGCCAUCAACCAGGGGUUCCGGACGAUGCGCAGCCGCCGGACGUUCGGCAACCGGUUCGACGAGCAGCGGCUCACGUUGCGCAUACAC